CUCUUCAUUCAAACCAAAAUCUCUUUUGCUUACAUCUCUGCACGCCAAUGGCUGAAGAACACUCUCCAUCAAUGGCUAAACAAACCCCACCAAUGAAUCCAAAUCCCAAACAGAUAAAGAGCAUCACACCUGUUCAUCUUCAAGUUCCCAAGCAAUCAGAAUUCCCUGAAAGGUACAUGAGUCCCACUGAUAUGAUCAUCUCCCCUGUCUCAAAAGGUCUUCUUGUUAGAAACCAGAAAAAGGGACUUGGAUCAUCCCAUGGGAUCAAGACAUCCAUGGUGUCAGCUCUCAAACCUUAAAGAUCAUAUUUUGUUCAUAGAGUGAACCUUGUUUGUUAUUGGAUGAUGAUCAAAGAAGUUGUUUGUUGAAUUGAGAGUGAAAUCAAACUUGAGAAUUCAAUUCCAUGCAUUCAAGGAGUUGUUGUGUUUUGAAUGACAUAUGUAAACUUGACUCAGUUAAUAUCAUAAGAUUUCUUCUUUAAA